AAACUGCAGUGAAUGUCGACAGCGGCGGAAGCAACUCGGCAACAGGGAUGGCGUACAGCAGUCCGCAGAGCGUCAGGACCAGCUGGCGAACUAGCGUGAUCCGCGCUCUCUUCCACGUCUCUCCAGACAACAAGAUAGCCAUGAAGAUGUACGGCACAAAGAAGCACUGUUUGAAGGCCCAGGAAGACCAGGAUCGCACAUGCUGCAUGAGAUGGAUGAUUCAUCCUUGCAGCAACUUCAAGUGGUACUGGGACAUUGUGGUGACCAUGCUGCUGAUAUUCACCGUGGCAGUGCUGCCUGUCAGCAUUGCCUACUACAGCGACCAGCAGCUGAACCCCGAGUGGCUCACAAUCAACAUUUUAGUCGAUUUUCUCUUUCUCACUGACGUCCUCAUCAACUUUCGAACUGGAGUGUUGGCCCCCGACGAAGAGGUAAUAUUGGAUCCAAAGAUUGUGGCAAAGAAGUACAUGAAGUCAUGGUUUGUGAUAGACCUUGGAUCCUCGUUCCCCUUUGACUACUGCAUCAUACUGCUGAGUCAGGGACAAGUGUCGUCGUCCCUGCUCAAAGCCUCCAGGCUGAUCGUGCUCAUGUUGCUCCUGUCCCACUGGAACGGGUGCAUCCAGUUCCUGGUCCCAGUCUUACAGGAGUAUCCCUCUGACUCCUGGAUCACCAUCAACCAUCUCCAGAAUGCAUCGGUUGGGGAGCAGUACUCGUGGUCGCUGUUCAAGGCCAUUUCUCACAUGCUCUGCAUCGGGUUUGGUCGCUGGCCACCUCAGAACACCACUGAAGUGUGGCUGACAAUUGUCAGCAUGAUGAUAGGGGCCACCUUCUACGCCCUCUUCAUUGGCAACAUGUCCACACUGCUACUCUCUAUUGAUUCAUCUGGCAGAAUAUACAAUGAGAAGUUGAACCAGGUGGAGGAGUACAUGCGCUAUCGAAAGUUGCCGCAGGAUAAAAUCCUCAAGCACAACUGCCAAGAGCUGAUCCAGUCAGUGCCCUUCUUUGAAAACGCUCCCGAAGCCUUUACGACGGCGGUCCUCACUCGACUUCACUUUGAGUUGUUUCUCCCCGGGGAAUACAUCGUCCGACAGGGCUUCAAGGGGGACAGGAUGUACUUCAUCCAGAGAGGAGUCGUGGAGGUCAUAACCGGAGACGGAACCGUCGUGACUCAUCUGGCAGAGGGAGAGCAUUUCGGGGAGAUCUGCCUGCUGACUGAGGAGAGGAGGGUGGCCUCGGUCAAGGCAGGGACAAUGUGCGACCUGUUCUCUCUCUCCAGUCACAACUUUCGCGAGCUCCUCGAGGAAUUCCCAGAUAUGCGGCCGUUUUUCGAGGCCAUUGCAAAGACCAGGCUCGGGAAGAUUGACUCGAUCGACUCAGUCUCUGGAUGUCGUAUGAGAUCUCGACUCGCAGGCUCCAGCCCUUCUGCCACAUGCAGGUCCCUAUCUACAGCACUGAACGAGGAAGCUGGCAGUUCUCCGAGCGUACAACCUUCCGGUAAAGACAGAGGAGCAACGGAAAGCAAAGUAGAUAAGUCCACCAGCUACAAGAAUCUUACUACGGUGAGGUCGAGGCCUAGCGAGUCAUUGAGUACUCCACACAGUAUGGAAGACGUGGAC